UGUGUGUUGAGAAGUGGGUGUCGCUGUGCAUGCUGGUCCAAGAGGAACAGAAACACGGUGCAGAGAGGGAAGACACCUCGAACGCUGCUUACUUUGUUAAAUGCGAGCCGAGAGUGCUGUGACUAUUGGUGUAGGGUUCAAAGUCGAUUGUAAUCUGCAGUUUUGGAUUUUUGCCAACUGCAGUUUUUGAGUUUUGCUAGGUGAAAGCGGGAGCAAUACAAUGUAUCCAUGCCCGACCUCUCAUUGCUUCGCGGUCCUCUGACGAGCUCAAACCCACUGUCUAUGGAGGGACAUACGAAAAGCGCAACGCUCAGGUACCAAGUACCCCCAUUUCGGUUAUCUGGGAGAUGGUAACAAAUGAACGGCACUGGAGGGAACAUGGUUGAGAGGACCAGCACAUUUUUGUUGAUCGUCGUCGGAUCCGUCUUCUUCAUGCUGAUUCUAUAUCAGUACGUGGCUCCUGGGGUGAUGAACUUCGGGUCUCCGCAGGGGUACCUCGCCGAGGACAACAUGGAUAUUUUCCCCACUCCGGAUCCCCAUUAUGUGAAAAAGUACUACUUCCCUGUCAGGGACUUGGAACGCACCGUUGAUUUCGAGAUCAAGGGUGAAGAUGUGAUCGUGUUUCUUCACAUACAGAAAACUGGCGGAACCACUUUUGGCAGGCAUCUGGUGCAAAAUGUUAGACUAGAAGUCCCGUGUGAUUGCAGACCAGGGCAGAAAAAGUGUACAUGCUACCGUCCCAACAGAAAGGAGACCUGGCUGUUUUCGAGGUUCUCCACUGGCUGGAGUUGCGGGUUACAUGCGGAUUGGACCGAACUCACAAACUGCGUUCCUGGAGUGCUCAACAAGAGAGAAAAUAAAUCUAAAAAACUAAGGAAGUUCUACUACAUCACCCUGCUGAGGGACCCUGUGUCACGCUACCUGAGUGAGUGGCGCCACGUGCAGCGCGGCGCCACCUGGAAGACGUCCCUCCACAUGUGCGACGGGCGCACACCUACGCCCGAGGAGCUGCCGCCCUGCUACGAGGGUACGGACUGGUCCGGCUGCACCCUGCAACAGUUCAUGGACUGCCCCUACAACCUGGCCAACAACCGGCAGGUGCGCAUGCUCGCCGACCUCAGCCUGGUGGGCUGCUACAACCUCUCCACGGUGCCCGAUAAGCGGCGCUCGCAACUUCUCCUCGAGUCGGCCAAGAAGAACCUGCGCGACAUGGCCUUCUUCGGUCUGACGGAGUAUCAGCGCAAGACGCAGUUCCUGUUCGAGCGCACCUUCCGACUGCGCUUCAUCCGGCCUUUUGUGCAGUACAACAGCACGCGGGCGGCCGGAGUGGACUUGGACAACGACACGGUGGCGCGCAUCGAGGAGCUCAACGACCUGGACAUGCAGCUGUACGACUACGCCCGCGACCUCUUCCAGCAGCGCUACCAGUACACUCGGCAGCUGGAGAGACGGGCGCACCGCUUGGCACUUCGGAGUCAUGGGCUGGACCCCCGUGAUUUACUCAGAGAGGAGGGUGGUGUGGGGGGCGAGGGGACAGCCAGGCUGCCCACAGAGGACUACAUGAACCACAUAAUUAACAGGUGGUAGCCCCUAUCCCAUCCCACCCCAACCACCCACUUUCCUGAUCUCCCCAUUGUCUGGUAUGGUGAGAUUGCAUCAGAGUGAAUGUUUAGGAAAGGUGAAAUUUGGCACUUAUGGCUCGAGAGGAAGAAAGUUGCAGAGGAUUGGGUGCUGCAGUGGCUUAACUACAGACUUUGCAUGAUGCGAGCUGUGGGUUGCGAACCAGAUGAUAUCAAUUCCCGCUACUGGAUUACAUAUUCCUUCUGGUCUUCUUGGACUAUGUGGAGAGGUCAGAUCUUUGAUUGGGAGCCCAUGAUAAACCUGAGUCACGGGGCUUUGUGAUUGGAAGCCCAUGAUAAACCUGAGUCACGGGGCUUUGUGAUUGGAAGCCCAUGAUAAACCUGAGUCACGGGGCUUUGUGAUUGGAAGCCCAUGAUAAACCUGAGUCAUGGGGGUUUGUGAUUGGAUGCCCAUGAUAAACCGGAGUCAUGGAGGUUUGUGAUUGGAAGCCCAUGAUAAACCGGAGUCAUGGGGGUUUGUGAUUGGAAGCCCAU